UGUCAUCUGUGGUCAGUGAUGACUGAUGAGUGAAGGUGAACUGUGAAGUGAUUCUCCUGUAAAUGUUUGUUGUUAUUGUAUAGAUUAUAAUAUUAUCUUCACUGAAAUAAAACCAGAAAAAUAAUUUAAUUUCUACGCAAAUAAUUAAGAAAUUAAAUGCAUUUUUGAUGAAAUCUUUUUUAAAUGUCCUGGUUAUGAGUAAUUAAAUGUCCUAGUGAACAAUGCUAUUACAGCAUUUUUAAUUAUUGCUUUUAUUCUUUUCUUAUUUUCUCAAGACUCAAAGGUAAAAAGGGCAAUGGAUAUUCCUGAAAGCAAUACAAAUUCGCGCUCAGCGAUGGAGCCUCCAAAUUCCUGGUGUCAUCCAGCCCACAGAGUUCAUAGAUUCGUUGCUCUCAUACUGAUGUGCUUUCUUUGUUUUGGUUCUUAUUUUUGCUACGACACACCUGGAGCCCUAGCAGAUAACUUUAAGAGUGACUCUUCAUUGAAUACAUCCCAGUUUGCAUUGCUUUAUUCCAUAUACUCGUGGCCAAAUGUGGUUUUAUGUUUCAUUGGCGGUUAUCUCAUUGAUAGGUAUUUUGGUGUUAGAUUGGGCACAAUUAUUUACAUGUCCAUUCUAUUUGUUGGGGCUGUUGUGUUUGCAUUUGGUGUCUACAUCAACAAAUUUUGGCUAAUGAUACUUGGAAGAUUCAUAUUUGGCAUUGGUGGAGAGUCACUGCAAGUUGCAGUUAAUAACUAUGUUGUUCUAUGGUUCAAAGGAAAGGAACUUAACAUGGUUUUUGGAUUGCAACUGUCUUUCUCUCGAUUUGGUAGCACAGUGAACUUUUGGGUGAUGGAACCUAUAUAUAGAUGGGUUGCACAUUACUAUGGCGGCUAUGAGCGAUUAGGUGUUACUCUAUUUUUGGCAUCCCUCACAUGUUUAGGUUCUCUUAUAUGUGGGUUGAUACUUGGAUGGAUGGAUCACCGAGCUGAAAAGAUUUUGGAGAGAAGUGAAGAACAUGCCAAUGAACCUCCAUUCCGAUUGUUAGAUGUAUUGAAUUUCAAAACUGUGUUCUGGCUUGUUUCUGUCAUCUGUGUGGCAUAUUAUCUGGCUAUAUUUCCAUUUAUUGCUUUGGGAAAGUUAUUUUUCGAAAGAAAGUUCGAUUUCAGUCCCCAAGAUGCAAAUACUGUUAACUCAAUGGUUUAUUUCCUGUCAGCCGCUUUAAGUCCAUUUUUUGGAAUACUAAUUGAUAAGACUGGUCGAAAUGUGACAUGGGUUAUUUUAAGUAUAAUAACAACUAUUGGAUCUCAUUUCUUACUUGCAUUCACAUUCGUAAAUCCUUAUGUAGGAGUGAUCUCACUGGGAGUGUCGUACUCCCUCCUAGCUAGUGGUCUGUGGCCGUUAGUUGCUAUGAUUGUGCCAGAAACACAAUUGGGUACAGCCUAUGGAAUAUGUCAAGCAGUGCAAAACCUUGGGCUUGCCACUGUAAUCAUAUUUGCUGGCAUGAUUGUAGAUAAAUAUGGUUAUUUAAUGUUGGAGAUGUUCUUCUUGGGAUGUCUCUUUGUUGCUUUGAUCGCUGCCGUACUUAUUUAUAUUUUGGACUCUGCAAACUGUGGUGUACUUAAUUUGUCCACUCAUGAAAGAGAAGCAUUAAAAAGUCCAUUACAUAUACGUUCUGACGAAAGAGCAAAUCUCUUGGACCACGUCGAUAGCUCGGACCAAGAAGAAGUUGACGCGAGGAUCGAUUCUCAAGAUGAAAAUUUACCUCGAGAUGACUUGAGUCAGUCUGACAGAAUUAGAAGUAGAUAUAUAGCACAAAUAUUGCCAAAUACUAACAUUCCUGAUAGACCGUAG